AAGAAAUUUAGGUGUUAUUAAUUUCUUCAUGAUAUUUAAAAAUUAUAUUAAAAAAUAUAUAUAUCAAAAAAUGGUCGACGCAGCAUUAAAUUGCACUGAGUUGUUAAUGAAUGUGUUUGGCAAUACAACCACCGUAGGAAGUGAAAAAAUAAAAGCAGCACGAUACUUUUGUGAAAAAAUCAGCACUUUCAACAGCUCAUUGUCCUCGAAAGAAUAUUUUAACGAAUUCUGCUGUAAAAAUGAUUUCUUAAGUCAAAUGUGCUUUACAUUUUUAGAAAAACAUAUUAAACAAGAAGGUUUUAAUGUAGUUUGUUCCUCUUAUCUAAUCUAUUCAUAUGUAUUAAUUGGAUUAUGUGUUCCACUUGGUCUUCCAGCAAACUUCCUAAUUUUAACAUUAAACCUUCGUCAUCAUAUCUUGCCUAAACAGACUAGUUACUUUUUGGGUAGCCUAUCAGUUGCUGACAUAGGAGUGAUAAUAAAUUUUAUUACAUUAGCAGUGUACCAAAAAAGAAAUCCUAAUCUCUCAAAGAACGUGAGCCAGUUUUUAAUGCCUUCAACUCAUAUCUUUUUUGUAUCUAUAUCAAUGUUACAAAUUUGCGUAGUUAGCAUUGAAAGGGCAAUGGCCGUAACUUGGCCUCUUCAAUACACAAUCUUUUUUACACCAAGAAGGGCCAAAAUUGUAACAAUAGUAGUAUGGUUGUGGGGCAUGAGUAACUUGGCUAUAUCUUUACUUCGUAUACACGUGCAGUCAACGUUGUAUAAAAAUUUUGUUAUUUACACUUUUUUGUUUACUCUGUUAGUUUUCCCCAUGGUAAUUGUGUUUUUUUCUUAUUUGGUUAUUUCGUUGUCUGCUUUUAAAAAAAUCAGACACGAUAAAGAAUGUGCAAAGUUUAUUGCAGACUCCGCUCAAGUUAAAUUGAAGUCAAACUCUGGAUGGAGUAUUCACACACUACGGCAAAAAGAAAUAAAAGUUUCGGUAAAUAUUGCUGCCAUGGUUUUACCAUUUCUCUGUUGCUGGAUGUUUUUUACGUUUACUCAUGUAAACGAAGUUCUGAAAAAUCAACGUUUUAAUGGCAUUUGGAAUUGGUUUAUUCUGGCUCUACCAAUGUUUGUAUCAUCAACAAAUCCAGUGGUGUAUAUCCUUUUAACUAAACCAUUACGUAAAAAAACACGAGCUUUUUUUAAAAAGAAGUUGAAAUCUUUUUUAUGAAAUAUCAUCAUUUUUAAAGAAUGUAUUUACAAAUGUAUAAUUGACUAGUAAAAAAUUACAUUUAAAGAAAAGCGUCAAUAGUGCAGAAACAAACAGUCCUUACUUUAUAAAAAAAGACGUAUUUCAUGCGAUCUUCAGUAGUUGAUACCAGAAAGUAAAUUUCUUUAAAAGAAAAACUAAGUUUCUUACUUAAUACAGUAACUGUGUAGAGGGGCGGCAAUAAGCGUUAGUCUAUAUGGCUUUGGAUUUUUCAGGAUUGUAUUCAAUUCUGCUACAGUUGAACAUUUAUCAUUAUUAAAGCUGACUUUUAACAAAUUUUUAGAUGCAAUCAAAUGUCACAAAUUGCUUUGAUCACAUGAUCACAUCAAUUUAAUUGGUUUUACUUCUUAAUCUGAUUAAAAGCUAAAUAUAUCUGAAAAAAGCUAAUGACUUCACCCAGUAGGCACAGACAUCUAUAAGACGUUUAUACCUCGUCUUAAAGACGUCGCAAGUCUGUUUGUCGUUUUUAAGACGUCCAACAAUCGUUCCAAAGAAAAAUAAUUUAUGGUUUUCUUCAAAAUAAGCAUCUAAAAAGAUCAUGAAACUAACCAACAACCCAGUGGGCACAAGACAGGUUUUAGACGUCUAAAACACGUAUUAAAAUGUAUUAAUACGUAUAGUUUUAGGUUAAAAUAUGUCUUGUACCUACUGGAAGAUUUACAAAAAGUUUUAUAAUGUUAAACGACCAAGUUAUAA